AUGGAUUCUGAAAUACUCAACACACUUGCUCUUAUCUUUUCCUUUCUCCUCUCCAUGAUUGUGGCACUGAAACUAGGGAGAAACCUGAAGAAAACUGAGUCAUCUCUUAGCAUACCCCCAGGGCCAUGGAAGUUGCCUAUUAUAGGAAACUUACACCAUCUUGUUUCAUCCACACCACACAGAAAAUUAAGAGACUUAGCCAAAAUAUAUGGACCCUUGAUGCAUCUCCAACUAGGAGAAAUCUUCACAGUCGUUGUUUCCUCACCAGAGUAUGCUAAAGAGAUCAUGAAAACACAUGAUGCAAUCUUUGCAUCAAGGCCUCAACUUCUAGCAGCAGAUAUAGCCUCCUAUGGAUACACAAAUAUUGCUUUUGCACCCUAUGGAAGUUAUUGGAAAAAGGUAAGAAAAAUCUGCACCAUGGAACUUUUCUCCCCAAAACGUGUGAACUCAUUCCAGCCUAUCAGAGAAGAAGAACUCACCAAUCUUGUUAAAAUGGUUGGUUCACAUGAAGGGUCCCCCAUAAACCUCACUCAAGCAGUGCUCUCAACUAUGUAUAACAUAAUUUCAAGAGUUGCUUUGGGCAAGAAGCGCAGCAAAUACCAUGAUGAAUUCAUGACAGUACUCAAAGAAGGAGUGUUAGCUGCAGGAGGUUUUAACAUAGGAGAGUUGUUUCCUUCUGCUAAAUGGCUUCAACUUCUUACUGGUGUGAGGCCUGUGCUGGAGAAGGUGCAUGCACAAAUUGAUCGCAUACUAGAAGAAAUCAUCAAUGAACACAAAGAAGCAAAGUCCAAAGCCAAAGAAGACCAUGAAUCAGAGGAAGAUUUGGUAGAUGUUCUUUUAAAGUUCCAUGAUGGCAAUGAAAGUAACCAAGACAUUUGCUUAACUAGGAACAACGUCAAGGCAGUAACCAUGGACAUAUUUGCAGCAGGAGUUGAUCCUUUAGCAACGACCAUAAAUUGGGCAAUGGCGGAGAUGAUAAAGAAUCCAAGAGUGAUGAAGAAAGCUCAAGAUGAGGUGAGAGAGGUAUUCAAUGUGAAAGGAAGGGUUGAGGAGAGUUGCCUGAAUGAACUAAAGUAUUUGAAAUCAGUUGUGAAAGAAACCCUAAGAUUGCACCCACCAGCUGCUCUUGCGCUUCCAAGAGAAUGUGCACAGACAUGUGAGAUUGAUGGGUUUCACAUACCAGUCAAAACCAAGGUGGUGAUCAAUGUUUGGGCUCUUGGAAGAGAUCCAAAGUACUGGAGUGAAGCAGAGAGGUUUUAUCCAGAGAGAUUCAUUGAUAGCGCUAUUGAUCAUAAAGGGAAUCACUUUGAGUACAUUCCCUUUGGUGCUGGAAGAAGAAUAUGUCCAGGCAUCACCUUUGGUUUGGUAAAUGUUGAACUCACACUUGCAUUUUUGUUGUUUCACUUUGAUUGGAAGCUUCCAAAUGGAAUGAAAAGUGAGGACUUCGACAUGACUGAGGAAUUUGGAGUGACUGUUGCAAGAAAGGUUGACAUACACGUGAUACCUGGAAAUGGCAGUGCAGACUAUAGUAUUGGGUGCCAAUGA